CAGUGGGGUGUUUCGCACAAAACGGAACCGGCGCAGAAGGUGAGUAUAGGAGGCGCGAGAUGGCUUCAAGUGAAGGAAAGCAGGAUCUCAGGUUCGCGGACUGGAUGGCCAGUUUGCCGGAGCACAUGCACAACACGCCCCUCACGAAUCUGGCCAUACCGGGCUCCCACGACUCCUUCAGCUUCCACAUCGACGAGGCGUCGCCGGUGGGGCCCGAGCAGCCCGAGACGGUGCAGAGCUUCGUCUCCGUCUUCGGCGCCGUGGCCAAGAAGCUGAUGCGGAAGUGGCUGGCCACGCAGAGCAUGGACUUCGCCCGGCAGCUGGAGGCCGGCGUGCGCUUCUUCGACCUGCGCAUCUCCACCAAGCCCCGCGACCCCGACGGCAGGCUCUACUUCGCGCACGGCCUCUACAGCGCCACCGUCAGGGAGGGCCUGGAGCAGAUCGCCGGCUUCCUGGCCGGCCACGCCCGCGAGGCCGUCUUCCUGGACUUCAACCACUUCUACGGCGUGCAGAACGCGCACCACGAGAGCCUGGUGGCCAUGCUGCGCGAGGUGUUCGGCGACCGCCUCUGCCCCGCCCUCUUCGCCCAGGAGGUGACGCUCAAGUACCUGUGGGAGAGGGAGUACCAGGUGCUGGUCUUCUACCACAACCCCGUGGCGCUGGAGGUGCCCUUCCUGUGGCCCGGCCAGAUGAUGCCCGCGCCCUGGGCCAACACCACCGACCCGGAGAAGCUGGUCCAGUUCCUCCAGGCCUCCGUGGCCGACCGCCGGAGGCAGGGCAACUUCUUCGUGUCCCAGAUGGUCCUCACCCCCAAAGCCAGCACCGUCAUGAAGGGCAUGGCCAGCGGGCUGAGGGAGACCAUCACCGAGAGGGCAUUGCCAGGGAUGAUGCAGUGGGUGAAGGCUCAGAGGCCGGGGGAGAGCGGCAUCAACAUCGUGACGGCGGACUUUGUGGAGCUUGGCGAUUUUAUCGGCACUGUCAUCGCGCUCAACUACCUGCUGGAGGAGGAGGAGGAGGACAGCGCCUCCUGGAGGGAGCGCCCUCGCCUGCCGUCCAACGCGUCCAACUGAGGAGCCCCCAUGGGCACGCUCUUCACUCGAGAGAAAGAGAGAGAGUGACAUAAUGCAUAUAUCCAUGCGUUAUGUCACUCUGUACACUACCUGCAGUCUGAGAUUUAACAAUAAAUCUGCACACUACCUGCAGUCUGAGAUUUUACAACAGGUCUGUACACUACCUGCAGUCUGAGAUUUUACAAUAGGUCUGCACACUACCUGUAGUAUGAGAUUUUACAAUAAAUCUACACACUACCUGUAGUCUAAGAUUUUACAGUAAAUCUACACACUACCUGUAGUCUGAGAUUUUAUAAGAACACACAAAAUUCCAGCUUCCUGGCUCUGGGCUCCUGACUUCCUCUUUCGUGUUUUUUUCUUUGAGACCAAAGGUUUCUGUGUUUUUCUAUCCAGCCACUAACAUGAAGGGUGCUCUCUCUCUCUCUCUCUCUCUCUCUCUUUCUUUCUCUCAUCAGUUGUAGUCCACCACUCCUUGCCAAGAGUAAAUCUUGAAUAAUAUUUUUUUUAUUUUUUAGCCAUCAUUUACAUCUACAUUGGGAGACAUGGAGGGGGUCGGGGGUACAGGUUGCAUUGUCCCAUGUCAUGGCUAUGCUGUAAAGUGCUGUACACCAUGUGUGUGACUCUGUGUCACCACUGAGAACCGCUUUGUAAACACCUCACAGCUAGACCAAUGGGGGUUUGUAGCUGGAGGGGAAGGCACAGCGUGUUUUCCCUUGGCUGGUGUGAGUCAAAAUCAGAGAUGUUAUUUAUUUUUCCUCUGUUCGUAAGAACAGGGCACAAUUACACUUAAGAAUGCACUGGAUCCGUCGCCACGGUUCAGAUAUGAAUGCGCUGCUUCAUAUCCCGCUUUAGACUGGCCUGAAACGGACCAGCAGCAUUCUUGUUACUCUCCGUUCGCAAACGGGGCUAUGUUGUCAUCAGAGAUAUAUCUGACUUGUCGCCGGACUGUCAAUAUUCCAAUGGAUAUUCAGAAAAUUCACAAAGGAGCGGAACAAUGCAUCAAAUAUAUCCAUGACCACAGCUAGUAAGCGUAACAGUUACCAUUGUUUACUCUCGCAAUUAUCUGACUCCAAAUGAAAUUAGAAUUUAAAAUUUGGUUUUAACUAUAUGUGGAGCUUGGAGUGGUUACACUCAACUCUGUCUUGUGCCAUCAUUCUUCAAUAUAUGCUCCCGGGAUUAGCACUAUUGCUAAAUCUCAGUUUGGUGAAGCCUACAGAGGGUAGAAGGCUGACCACCAUAAUACAUGCAUACAUUUUUGCAUAGAUGUUAAAGAUUUCCCCAAGUGUCCACUCUUUCAGUCUGCCUUACAGCUUGCUGUGCUGCCACAGCUCACAUUCCAUGUAAUUUAUUAAAAAAUAAUGGACAUUAGGGGCAUUGUGCAAGUUCCACCAGUAGGGGGCACAGUAAGCUUUCUCUUUUUGUUGCGUCUUUUGGUAAGCCAUGCGUGUGAGCUCUGACUGUCUGUCCCUUGGGUUCAGACGCAGAGACAGGGGCCAUAACAGAAACAUAUCAAACAAUCCACCCAAGUGUAAAUAUAUAGGGAUGACAACACAAAUCAAUUCAGCAUGCCGCACAAUUGCUGGGAAUUUUUCUUUUCCAAAAUUCACACAAUACAUCCGUGCAGGCUCAAUUUCUUACAUGAAUUUGUUAAUUAAUGUAAAUAGGUAAUACACAUGUCUGAUUUAAAAAAAAUAAUUUUUGUCAUAUAUAGUACUUCAGUUGGAUGAAAGAGGACCUCAUUAACAACUGUGAUCUUCAUGAAAGCAGUCAUACAGUAAGCCCUUAUAACAGAUAAUAGUGUGAGAACUGAAAUGGGUGGACUGUGGUUUUUAAAUGUAACUGUCAGAUGUCAUAAGCACUUAUAAUAAACAUUUAGCAUGAGAGUUAGUGUCUGUCACCUCAGAAGGCAAAGUAUGUGUUGCUUAGUCUGUAUGCCAGAGAUGUAAAACUGGGGGUGGGGG